UAGAGGCUUGGUAAGACGUAAACAAAAAUAUUUUAACGACUGUUUAGUUACGUUUUUCCGUCUACGAUAAUCACAUGCUUUUUCUGUACCUCUUAUCUUCAAUUGGCGAACACACAAUCACUUUUUAUCUUUAUAGCCAUCGGUAAUUAUUCCAUCAAUAUUUGCAGAGAUAAUUGGUUUAGUUCCUUCACUUCUUUGGGGAUAUUUUCGUAUUGAAACCAUGGCUGCACUCGGAGUUAUUGCCAAGUCUUUAAAAACCCAAGGUAUCAAGUAUGCAUUUGGUGUCGUUGGGAUACCAAUAGUAGAAGUUGCUACGGCUUUGCAAGAAGUUGGUAUCAAAUAUAUAGGGAUGAGAAAUGAGCAAGCUGCAUCAUAUGCUGCUGGUGCUGUAGGGUAUUUAACAAAGAGACCUGGACUUUGUGUUGUUGUCCCUGGACCAGGAUUAAUACAUGCAUUAGGCGGUAUGGCAAAUGCUCAAGUGAAUGGAUGGCCUAUGAUUGUGCUAGGAGGCUCUACAGAUCGAGAUCAUGAAGGACUUGGUGGUUUCCAAGAGUUUCCUCAGGUGGAGGCGUGCCGAUUAUACAGUAAAUAUUCUUGUCGACCUGCAGAUGUAUCUCUCAUUCCAUUUCAUAUUGAAAAAGCUGUAAGAGAGAGUAUCUAUGGUCGGCCAGGUGCUUGCUACAUUGAUAUAACUGGUGAUAUCAUAUCUCAAGAAGCUGUCUCAGAUGAAAUAGAGUAUCCUCUACCUUGUCCCGAUCCACCUAUUUCCUUGGCGUCUCCCUCCAGUAUACGAGACAUGGCCAAUAUACUGAAAUCAACAAAACGACCCCUUGUUGUUAUAGGGAAAGGUGCAUCUUAUAGUCGAGCUGAAAGUCAAAUUCAAGAGCUUGUUGAGAAUCAUAGACUUCCAUUCUUACCAUCACCUAUGGGAAAGGGGGUUGUCCCAGACAGCAGCCCCCUCUGCAUGUCUCCUGCUAGAUCAAAAGCCUUGUCUGAAGCUGAAGUAAUUUUGCUUUUGGGAGCAAGGCUAAACUGGAUUCUUCAUUUUGGAAAACCACCCCGAUUCAACAAGAAUGUUAAAAUAUUGCAGGUAGAUGUCCACAUGGAAGAACUUCACAAUAGCGUGCAGUCAUCUGUUGCUGUUUGUGGUGAUAUUGGAUCGAUCGUUCAACAGUUGAAUGAUGAACUUAAAAAAGAUAACUGGGUAUUUUCAUCUAAAGACUGGCUGAAUAACUUAGAGGAGAAGAAGCAGAAAAAUAUCACAACAAUAAAAAACAUGAUUGCAGACAAGACCAUGCCUUUGAACUAUUAUGCUGCUUACAAUGAGAUCCAGGCAUUGAUUCCUAAAGAUGCUAUUAUUAUCAAUGAAGGUGCCAAUACAAUGGAUAUUGGAAGAACUAUGCUGCCCAAUGAGCUACCUCGUCACAGGUUGGAUGCUGGAACAUUUGGAACCAUGGGACUUGGACUCGGUUCAACUAUUGCUGCUGCCAUCUAUUGUCAGGAACAUGCACCAGGAAAGCGUGUGAUAUGCGUUCAAGGGGACAGUGCAUUUGGAUUUGCGGGGUUAGAAAUGGAAACUAUAUUCAGAUAUCAGCUUCCUGUGAUAGUGAUUAUUUUCAACAACAAUGGAAUCUACGCUGGACUGGAUGAAGAAAGCUUUCAGAUGUUACGUGAUGAAGAUACUCCUCUUUCACUCAG